UCAUCAGGAAUCUCAUGCACCUGCCUUUGGUCGUAAAGUCCUCCUGUCCAUAACAAGUGGCCAUCCGCGGAACAACUUGGAUAAUAUACUCCAUCCUUCACAAUUGCAAGCUCCGGGAUUCCAAAGCUUAGGGCUAACUGCAAAAUUAUCAACAUCAACUAGUACAGAUGUUAUCAAACAGCAUGAUCAAUAUGCAUCCAGUCCAGGUCAGCAUGUCUCUCCUUCACAAAUGGUUUCUCCAACUCAAACUGGCAAUCAUCAUCUUGAAGAACAAGUGCCUGCAGCUUCACCAUUUCUUCCGGCUCAGCCACAUCCUCCUCAUCCUAAAAUUUCUGUGAACACUCCAGCUGCUGCUGCACCUUUUCUACAACAGCCACCCUGGUCUUCUCAACCGCCUCCAUCUCCACCUUCCACUGAAAGUCAAUCAACACAGCCAGCUUCUUCAUCCCAUAUCAAUGGCCAUUCAGCUCCUUCGUCAUUCCGUACCCCUCCAACUGGCCAGGACACACUUAGAGUACCAGUUGCCUCACCACUACCAAGCAGAAAAAAUCCACCGCCGAAAGUUGCACCACCAACGCCCAUCUCCCCUGCAUCCAGUCAGGAUGGUGUAUCAGUUGCUAGACCUCCACAUAACCUACCAAGUCACAGCAGUUCACCACCAAAAGGCACAAGGGAGACCAAUCAUCAUUCUCCUCCUGCCACUCCACCUUUAACUUCAAUGCACCAGGCCAUUCAAAUUCCCCCGCAACAGAGGCAGCGCCCACAUUCGAAUGGGCCAGCAGCUUCUCCAACAAUCCGUCCUGCCAGCCAUGGGAACACCAAUGGUGUACCAGUUGCACCACCUUUGAAAGGAAGGGGUCACCAUUCCUUACCUGUAAAUAAUACUCAUGGGAUGAUCCAUGGAGCUCCAGUUGUAGCACCUUUAAAGGGAAGGCAUCACCGUUCCUUGCCUGUAAAUGACUCAUCUGUAAAAGGACCUGUUGUUUCUCCCCCAAAAUCUCCCAGCAUCCAUAGGAGAGGACAUGUCAUCCCAGUUGCUGCACCUCCAAAGGAACCUUCCAGCCAUUUAUCACCUGCAAAUCAUAAACACCGCAAAGGUUCCUUUCCUGUCAUAAGUCCUGCUCCACAUAGAACCGAUAAUGCUUCUGCAACAAGCCAUGGACAUUCAGGUUUGGAUCACAGUCCUGCUCCAGCACCUGUAGCCGUGUCCCGAUCGAAAGGAAAAGAAGGAAAUCCAGCAUAUGCUCCGCAUCACCCUCAUCAAUAUCAUUCACCUUCAUAUUCUCCAGAACCUGCUCUACCGCCUGACAGUCCUGCAUAUAAAAAGCCCAGGGCUUUGGCACCAACACCAAGUCAUUCCUUGCCGCCUCCACCUCCAAAUUCGUACUGCACGCCAUUAUAUUGUCAAGACCCUCUGACCAAUAGUCCUCCUGGAACAACAUGUCGCUGUGUAUUGCCAAUAAAACUUGAGCUUCAUUUAGGUAUACCACUGUACACGUUCUUUGGAUUGGUCGCAGAACUUGCACAAAAUAUUGCAUCUGGCGUGUUCAUGAAGCAAGUUCAAGUUCGCAUUAUGGGAGCAAAUGCAGCAACUGAAGACCCUGAGAAGACAGCUGUCCUUAUUGAUCUUGUUCCGUUGGGAGCAAGAUUUGACAAUACGACAACACUUUCAGUAUUUGAAAGGUUUUGGCACAAACAGGUUAUCAUAAACCCUAUGCAUUUUGGAAGCUAUGAUGUGUUAUAUGUUCUUUACCCAGGUCUUCCUUCGUCACCACCACCAGCUCCUGGAAGUCUGAACAACGGUCUUAGCAAUGUAAAUGAUCCAAGGUUACGCCCAUUUGCUGUUGAUGUAGGAAACCACAGAGAAAGGAAAAGUAGGGGCAUAAUUGUGAUAAUUGUUCUAUCAAGUAUUUUCGCUUUUAUUUUAUGUGCUGGAGCUGCAUUGGUGAUUUAUUUCAAGCUUAGAAACCACAAUCUUUUGACCGAAGCUUCACUUACACCAGCAAAGCCUGCAGGUCCUGGUUCUGCAGUAGUUGGGAGUAGGCUAGAAAGCAGACCUAUUUCGGCAUCACCAUCAUUCAGCUCUAGUAUAGUGGCAUAUAAAGGAUCAGCAAAACUGUUCAGUUUAGUUGACAUGGAAAGAGCUACACAGACAUUUGAUGAGUCCAGGAUAAUCGGCGAGGGCGGUUUUGGACGUGUUUAUGAAGGUAUUCUUGAGGAUGGAGAAAGGGUUGCUAUCAAAGUUCUUAAGAGGGAUGAUCAGCAAGGUACGCGGGAAUUUUUGGCUGAGGUUGAGAUGCUCAGCCGAUUGCAUCACAGGAACUUGGUUAAGUUGAUAGGUAUAUGCACAGAGGAGCAUAUGCGAUGUUUGGUGUAUGAGCUUGUUCCGAAUGGAAGUCUGGAAUUUCACUUGCACGGAUCAGAUAAGUACACUGCUGUGCUUGAUUGGGAUGCUAGGCUUCAAAUUGCGCUUGGUGCAGCACGUGGUCUUGCUUAUUUGCACGAAGAUUCAAGUCCUCGUGUUAUACACCGUGACUUCAAGUCAAGUAACAUUUUGUUGGAACAUGACUUUACCCCCAAGGUUUCAGACUUUGGCUUAGCCAGAAUUGCUCUGGGCGAGGGGAACGAGCAUAUUUCAACUCGGGUUAUGGGAACGUUUGGGUAUCUUGCUCCUGAGUAUGCAAUGACUGGACAUCUUCUAGUAAAGAGUGACGUCUACAGCUACGGCGUUGUCCUUCUAGAGCUUCUUACUGGCAGGAAACCUGUAGAUAUGUCAAGGCCUCCGGGGCAAGAAAACUUGGUCGCGUGGGCUUGUCCAUUUCUGACAAAUAGGGAUGGUUUGGAAACACUCAUCGAUGUUUCCCUUGGAAGUGGUAUCCCAUUUGACAGCAUUGCAAAAGUCGCAGCAAUCGCUUCGAUGUGUGUUCAGCCUGAGGUGGAUCAGCGCCCAUUUAUGGGAGAGGUUGUUCAAGCCUUAAAGUUGGUAUGCAAAGAAGGUAGCGAGUUCAAUGAGUCGAGAAGUUUUAGUCGAGAUAUGCAUAUCCAAGAUGCCGAGAUUAUGAGUAGAUCAAGUCUGGAUAUGGAUGUAGGCCCAGUGCUAUCUACCGAGCAGUUUGCUGCAUCAGCACGUUAUGAUACGCUGGACGCCUCUGGUUCUUUUCGGCGGUAUUCGAGUUCAGGUCCUCUGAAGGUGGGUAAAGCUGAACGAAAUAGGGAGAGAGGCUUAUCAACAGGUAGCUCAAGUGAACACUGUGGUCUACAACGAUUUAGGAUAGAUUCGGAGUAGUCAACAUGUAGGCUCCUUUUGAUGACCUGGGCAAUGAAGAAUACACAUGGCUUAUUUUGUGCAAGCCAGACUUCAUAUCUGCUGCAAAAUGUAUCUCAGAAUCGGGAACGAAGUCAAAAAACGGUGUACAGAUGAGGAGUGACCACCGGUGCUACGGUGGUGGCAAUGGUGCUUGGCCUGGCACACGUAGUGACUGUGCGGCAGUCUAGUCCUUUUUGCUGACUAACUGCAUCCAGGGGUGGAACUGAACAACAUAAGGAGAAAAUUUUGUUUGACCAUCUAUGUACAGUGUAGUUUGCAGAGGAGUAGGCUAAAGCGCUUAGCCGGUUCUUCUGCAAGUCCUUGUGUGGACUAAAGAAAAAAAAAGGAGGAUGACACAUCGAAAGUGUCGGACGCCCGUGCUUUGCCACGGCUUCUCAAUUUUAUUUCUUUGGUGCACAUGUAAAUAUGAUGCACGUGAAAGUUUGCAUAGCUACAUAGUAGUAUGAGAUAUUUAAAAUUCCACUUUCCUCAAAGUGUAUUUCGGAAAAAGGAAUAUGUGAGCUUAUGUAUAGAAAUGAAUGAACCAACUAUUAAUCUCUU